AUGUUUAUGCUCCGCAAUGUGAGCAAAUUUUUGUUCGGUGACGCUUCGAAAGAGUCCAUCAUCGAAAUUCCCCAGGGAGAAUUGUAUCUGGUCCGCCCACAGUCGCCCAAGGGCUACUCGGAGCUUAUCUUCAAGGACGCUGCUGCCACCAUCCGACGUACGGGUCAAGACUUCCAAUAUCAGCUUGUUAUCCAGAGAGCCUACGAAGAGGGCGAGGAAGAACUUGUGGACGACGACGGCGAGCAAGGCGCUGGCGAUAGUCUAGACAAGGACGAGAAGGUCUUUUUACUUGACCAAACGCUUCAUUUUCGCUCCGAAGUUCGCGACGGAGGAUGCAAGAUCUUGGCUUGGGACGAUCUGAGCGGUGACGCUGGUGAUCUUUUCGAGUUCAUUUGCGAUUCUUCCGUCCCAGCUGAUAAAGUAGCCACCUUUGAGCUUGCCGCAUUGCAGUGCCAAUACGAGCGCAAACACCGACGCAGUGCUCAGAAGGCCACUGAGGAAGAGCUCCAGGAGUUCUCCUACAACAUAGAGGAGCCGCUCCCCUCGGCGAGUCCCGUUUCCUCGCCCACUAUCAAGUCAGCCAGGAAUUCAGUUACCGCACUGGAUUCUGCCACAGCAAUGGCACGAGAUGUUGAAUAUGCUCAGUCCAAGGGACAGGUCAAAACCGCCACUUUGGAGGAGCAGCCGACUACUGCGCCGCCGUCUGCAGUCCAGCCCGAAGCCAAAGAGAUCCUGAGCAAGGAGAAGGCUGAGCUGCAUUUGUUCGACUUCUCUACUGGUACCUUUGUCCUGCAGGAUGACGAAAUUGUUGCUACUGUCUCAGAAGUAGGUACUUGGCAGUACUGGCUCCAGAUCUCUGGCAAGGAUAAGGAGUGGUUGGGACAAGCUGUCGUGGCCGAUAUCAAUCCUGUCUUCAACUUUGAAUAUCUGUCGUUUAUCUUCAACCACUACGGUGAAGAUGGCUCGGCAUACUCGUGGCUGUUGCGAUUCAAGGACCAACCCACGGAAGAACGCUUCCAGGAGGGUCUCAUGCAGGCUCUGUGGGAACAGCUCAAUGAAAUGAAGUGGACCAAGGUGAAGGAAAAUGAUCGAGAAUAUGUACUCGAUGCCUUCCAGGAUCUCGUCCUGGAAGAUGCCGAGGCCAAGGCUGAGGAGGAGGAGGCCGAGGAGGAGGAAGAAGAAGACGCUGAAGAAGAGUAUGAUGGCGACCAGGACGAUGCUCAGCGGAGUGAGCACUAUGACAGUGACGAAGAGGAGGAAGAUGUCAUCACGCGUGAUGCGGAUGGCAACGUCAACUCGCAACUGGCAGUCGGCUACAAGCACGAUCGAUCAUUUGUUGUUCGCGGAUCCAAAAUCGGCGUCUUCAAGCACACCCCUAACAACAACCUGGAGUUUUCCACCACCAUCUCCAAGGUCCAAACCCCUAAGGGCGCUCUGUUCAGCCCUAAGAAGGUCAUGCUCCACGCUGAGGAUCAGAACAUGAUUCUCCAGAACGGCGAUGAUCCAAACUCGUUGUACAAGAUGGACCUGGAGUACGGCAAAAUCGUCGACGAAUGGAAGGUCCAUGACGAUAUUGCCGUGGAGACUUUCGCUCCCGAAAAUAAAUUCGCUCAAAUGACCGCGGCGCAGCCGUUCGUCGGUAUUUCCAAGAACGCUCUCUACCGCAUCGAUCCCCGUCUCGCUGGCAACAAGCUCGUCGAUUCCGACCUGAAGCAGUACGCUAGCAAGAACGACUUCUCGGCCAUGGCUACUACUGAGAAGGGCUACCUUGCUGUGGCAUCCAACAAGGGUGACAUCCGCAUGUUCGACCGUCUGGGCAUCAAUGCCAAGACUCACAUUCCGGCACUCGGCGAACCGAUUAUCGGUCUUGAUGUGUCUGCAGAUGGACGCUGGGUGCUGGCAACUUGCCGGACGUACCUUCUCCUCAUCGAUUCGCUGCAGAAGGAAGGCAAGAAUGAGGGCAAGCUCGGAUUUGAGAAAGCUUUCGCCAAGGACUCCAAACCGCAGCCCCGGCGUCUUGGUUUGCAGCCUGCACAUGUUGCGCAAUUCCAGCACGAGACGAAGCAGCCCCUCUCAUUCACACCCGCCCGAUUCAACACAGGUGUUGACUCUACCGAGACGAGCAUCGUAACCGCCACCGGUCCCUUCAUCGUUACCUGGAGCAUGAAGAAGGUCGUUGCCAAUCGCAAGGAUCCGUACACCAUCAAGCGUUACGGUGAGAAUGUCAUGGCUGACAACUUCCGCUUCGGUUCCGACAAGAACGUCAUUGUUGCUCUGCCAAAUGAGGUCAACAUGGUCGCCAAGCGUACUUUCCAGAAACCUACGCGCGAGAGCAUCGCUGGUCCUGCCACACCGAACCGUCCACGCCGUGGAUGGGGCAGUCGUCUUGGCAGAGACAGCAUCGUCAACUCGCCCUACUAG